AUGAAGACCGUCUUAGUUACGGGUGACUUCAACCAUAGCAAGAUAGACUGGAGAAACAUUGGUCUGGAGAGCAAAACCAGUCUUUGUACGGUCACGGUCCUCGAAUUGCUUCUGUCACAUCUACUGUACGUCCACCACAUCUACGUCCACCACAUCUACUGUACGUCCACCACAUCUACGUCUACCACAUCUACGUCCACCACAUCUACGUCCACCACAUCUACGUCUACCACAUCUACGUCCCCCACAUCUACGUCCACCACAUCUACGUCCACCACAUCUACGUCCCCCACAUCUACGUCCACCACAUCUACGUCCCCCACAUCUACGACCACCACAUCUACGUCCACCACAUCUACGUCCCCCCACAUCUACGUCUACCACAUCUACGUCCACCACAUCUACGUCCACCACAUCUACGUCCCCCCACAUCUACGACCACCACAUCUACGUCCACCACAUCUACGUCCGCCACAUCUACGUCCACCACAUCUACGUCCGCCACAUCUACGUCCACCACAUCUACGUCCGCCACAUCUACGUCCACCACAUCUACGUCCGCCACAUCAACGUCCACAACAUCUACGUCCCCCCACAUCUACGACCACCACAUCUACGUCCACCACAUCUACGUCCCCCACAUCUACGACCACCACAUCUACGUCCACCACAUCUACGUCCACCACAUCUACGUCCCCCCACAUCUACGUCUACCACAUCUACGUCCACCACAUCUACGUCCACCACAUCUACGUCCCCCCACAACUACGACCACCACAUCUACGUCCACAACAUCUACGUCCGCCACAUCUACGACCACCACAUCUAUGUCCACCACAUCUACGUCCACCACAUCUACGUCCCCCCACAUCUACGUCUACCACAUCUACGUCCACCACAUCUACGUCCCCCACAUCUACGUCUACCACAUCUACGUCCACCACAUCUACGUCCCCCCACAUCUACGUCUACCACAUCUACGUCCACCACAUCUACGUCCGCCACAUCUACGUCCACCACAUCUACGUCCACCACAUCUACGUCCACCACAUCUACGUCCGCCACAUCUACGUCCACCACAUCUACGUCCACCACAUCUACGUCCGCCACAUCUACGUCCACCACAUCUACGUCCACCACAUCUACGACCACCACAUCUACGUCCACCACAUCUACGUCCACCACAUCUACGACCACCACAUCUACGUCCACCUCAUCUACGUCCACCACAUCUACGACCACCACAUCUACGUCCACCACAUCUACGUCCACCACAUCUUCGACCACCACAUCUACGUCCACCACAUCUACGACCACCACAUCUACGUCCACCACAUCUACGACCACCACAUCUACGUCCACCACAUCUACGACCACCACAUCUACGUCCACCACAUCUACGUCCACCACAUCUACGACCACCACAUCUACGUCCACCACAUCUACGUCCACCACAUCUACGUCCACCACAUCUACGUCCACCACAUCUACGACCACCACAUCUACGUCCACCACAUCUACGUCCACCACAUCUACGUCCACCACAUCUACGUCCACCACAUCUUUGCUUGUCAGUUUCUUUAG